CCACUCCCAUCCCCUUGGGCACCCUGUGCAAAGCCAUGAGGUGAAAUUCAGCAUCUCAGCCCUUGCAGGUGCUGGUGAUGGUGGGAAAUGUGCCCCAAGGAGGUUCAGAUGCUCCCCCCAUCGCAAAAGGCAGUGCCUGACCUCAUGCAGUGGCUGGUGGAGAUGAGCUGCUGCCCAGGAGGUGGUCUGGGAGGCUGUGGACACCAGGUAUGAGCUCAUGAGCCCAUUAAAGAUCAUGCAUAAAAACCCUAAAGACCCCCUAUUAAAGACCCAUGGCAAGACCUCCUACCACAUAUACCCACGACCCAUGCAGCAGGGACCCACCACACCUACACCACGUACAAUGAGCUGUUUUAGCAUCACCUGGAUUCAUUUCUCUGGCAAAUCCCACUGGAUUAAGGCCAAGCUAGUGAGUCCCUGCAUACAAACAGGAGCAGCUGCCCACCCCCAGCUACAUUUGGGCCUCGCAGGGCCUCAUUGCUUCCUGCAUCUCUCAGCAUGUAAGACAUUGCCCUCAGGGAAAAGGAAAUUCAUUCUAUCCCUUCGAAUUCAGCUCACUUGGCAGCAGUUACAGCAGGAUGCCAUUCCCAAGGCUCCCUCCUCUCUCCUUCCCCUGCUGCAAACCAAGCAUUGGGACCUGGCUGCCCCUGGGACGAUGGGGACAAUAAUUCCCCUGCGUCUUGGAAAUCCAGAACAGGACCAGACACAUCACUGACAUCCUUCCAGGGGGAGAGAGAAGCCGAUGUGGCACCGUCUGGCACUCUCUGUGCCUCAGUUUCCCCACAGUGACUCCAAUCCCUACGGACACCCCUCAUGCAGCAACACAUCACUUCAAAAUGACAACUCCCAUCCCUCCCAUCCCAGAUUUCUUCCUGGUCCCAAAGCUUUCAUUUACUUUCCUUAGUUCAUCCCCCUCCCCAUGCAUACAGAUGCAGGUCUUUAAAUGUGGCAGCUACCAGCUGCAGUUUAACUCCUGCUUUGAUUUCUUCUCCAGUGAUGGAUCCCCCCCUCCCAAAACCCCCAGGUCCUUUUUCACCAGCUCUUAAUUCUCCUGCCACUUCCACGCUGGCCUCGGAGAGACCCCAGAAGCUUUCAGGCUAUUUCCUGUCACCCUUCAUUAGCUAACAUGCCGCAAACAAAGGCUACUGAAUUAGUCACCCGCAGCUGCUGGGUGUCAGAGCAAAGGUCUACCCAGCACCGGGCUGCUUCCCCCUCCCUUUCCCACACCUGCACUCAGGGAUGAGGGACCUUUCCCAGACAAAACGACUUAUUUUCUCCUUUCAUUGCAUGUUUGCUUCUAAACAGCCAAAGAACCGAGCAGGCAGCACCACCGGGCUGCUCACAGGAGAUACGUUUCCUCCCUUCGCUUCCGUCUGAGCCUCUCUGUUUACCAGCCUAAUAAAGCCGGCUCUGUGCCACCAGCUCCGGGCUGCACCUUCUCCCCGGAGCCCAGCCCAUCCCAAACAUGCAAAGCUUGUCCAGAAGCCUCCUGCCAGCUCUGUCCGCUCAAAGUCACCUUGCCCCAAACCUUCAGCUCCACGCUCCGCGCUCGCUCGACAAUCAUUAAUCGGCUCCUCCGCAUUCCCGGCAUGGAAAAAUGCCCCAGCGGGUAGCCCCGUCCUGGCAUUUCGACAUGCCGCUGGCCGGCAAGCUGGUCCUCUCCGCUCUGCUCCUCCUGACGCUGGCGUACAGGUUCUAUAAGUCCCGUUUGAUUGCUGGGGGUAACAUCCCACGGGCCAGUGAAGAGCACAGGGAAAAUGCUGCCCGCGAUGGGGAUGGGGAUGAUGCGGUGGGGCUGCGGAGGAGGAGGGUGUUUGGGGAGGAGGUGAGGAGAGGUGGUGGGGAUGCACAAGUGAGUGGCACUGGGACACUGAGCACCCCCUCCCAGUGGGACUGGGGUCUGCCGAAGGGUGAGGAGGAAGAGGAGGUGGUUUCUGAACUGGGGUUGGCUGGCAAGAAAGUGGGGAUGGGCAGGAGGGCAAGUGAGCUGGGAGGUGAGGCAGGAACUGAGCCUGGAAGUGAUCUCGGAAUGGAGCUGGCAAGAAAACGAGGAAGUGAGGCAGGAAACAAACUGGGAAGUGAGGUGGGAAGCAAGCUGGGAAGUGAGGUGGGAAAAGAGCCAGGAAGUGAGUCAGGAAAUGAGCCGGGAAGUGAGCUGAGUUGUUAUGAGUCUGGGGAUGCAGCUGAAACCCUGAGCAGCUCUGGGGAGAAGGACACGCUUGCUCCCAGCGCAGGGCUCUCCCCCAGGACUGCUGCUGAUGAUGACAGCCUUGCCCAAAGCAUGGAGCAGGAUUUGGCCGGCAGAGGCAUGAGCCAGGAGGUUGAGGAGCACAGGGGGAUGAUCCAGACCCUCAGUGUCACCUCAGACCUGGCGCUAACGAUGACGACGAGCAGCAUAGGGUCAGACACCUCCUAUUCUUUCUCCUCGGUUGCGAAGAUCCAGGUAGAGGAGGGGUUCAUCACCGAGCAGCGGGCGAAGGACAGGGCCGGGCAGCCAGUCCCUGGCCUAAAAGGCAAAGUCUAUGACUACUACGCCCAGUCCAUCUCCCAGUCUGUGUCAAAGAGGAGGUCUCCCCCCUACAUCCCCUUGGGAACAUCCCAGUGCCACAGCUCAGAGCGAGUCAAUGAAGAGAUACAGCAGCCAGACCCAGCUUUGGCAAUGCGGGAUCCUACCACCUCUUCCAUAGUUCCAGCAUCUACGGGGAGCUUGGAGCCCCAUCCUGAGCCCCCGUCUCCUGGCCGCAAGAACAGCAUCCUCCACAUAGCAGAGAGCCCCCACCUCCAGCUGCCCAUGGAGGGGUUUGGGGUCACAGCACCAGUUGACACACGGUCUGCAAGCCCCUGGCUGGGGCUGGUGGCCAGUGCUGACCAAAUGCCGCCAUCCACCCACCUGGACCUGGGGAACUGCUACGAGGCUCUGUGCACAGCCAAGGCGCAGAAGCUCCACCACCUCCAGGAGGCUGCCUAUAAAGUGAUGAGUGACAACUACCUGCAGGUGUUGAGGACACCGUCCAUCUACGGCCGUCUCAACGCCGGCGAGCGGGACCUCAUCCUGCGGCGGAGGAUGAAGGGCAAGAUGCGCGUGGUCGUGGCAGACGUCAGCCUGCAGGAGCCCGGCCUCCACACCAGCCGUCUCUGCUGCUAUGAUGAAGGAGGGGACUGCUGGCAUCACCUCUGCCACGUGCCACCAGAGGUGGUCUCCCAGGGGUGUGCUAUGUGCAGCAUGUUCAACUACCUCUUCGUGGUGGCCGGCUGCAAGGGCAUGGGCCGGAUGCAGAGACCUUCCAACCGUGUCUUCUGCUAUGACCCCCUGACCAACAUCUGGAGGGAGAUCUGCCCCUUGAACCAAGCACGGCCGCACUGCAAGCUCGUGGCCUUGGAUGGCCACCUCUAUGCCAUCGGUGGUGAAUGUCUCUACACAGUAGAGCGUUAUGACCCCCGGCAGGACCGCUGGACCUUCGCCGCACCCCUUCCCCAUGAUACCUUUGCUGUGGCCCACACAGCCACAGUGUGUGAUGGGGAGAUCUACGUGACAGGAGGCACCUUGCGCUACGUGCUGCUGCGAUACACGGCCCGCUCGGACAGCUGGAGGGUUAGCCCGGCCAGCGGUGGCAAGAACAGGACAGCCGAGAUGGUGAGCACCAACGGCUUCAUCUACCGCUUCGACCUCCACCGUGGCACAGGCAUUGGUGUCUACCGCUGCAGCGCCAAGGCCAAGCUAUGGUAUGAAUGUGCCACCUACACCAUGGCCAACCCCAGUGGCUUCCAGUGCGCUGUAGUGGGCAGCUUGGUCCACUGUGUUGGCCGGCACUUCCACAUACGCUUCUUAGCUGACCAUAUCUCUCCACGCUUUGGGACCAAGGAGCUGCAGCCCUUUCCAUCGCCCCACGGCAGCCUCCUCCCAGCCGUCCUGAUGCUGCCAGAAGGAGGGAUGCCACAAACGCAGGUUUGAGGGAUCCAUGCAGCAGUGGUGGUGGCUUAGGCAUGAUGUGAUGCUGAAAGAUGGUAGAAGCCACCAGCCCACACUGGACCAUGUAGCGUGGGACCAACACUACCAGGGCAACGUCACCCACACAUACCACCAAGCAGGCAUCCUUCCAGGCCCUGUAAGCAAGCAGACAAACUGCCCUUGGAUACUGCCAGUAAACCCAGCCUUGAAGACACAAAGAAGAACAAAGCCGGAGCUGGGUGGACUUGUUUGCUUAGAGGUAUUUAAACAUAGGUGUGCUUGCUUGGACGCAAAUAAGACACAGCUUGCUGCAGGCUCACAACUCUGCACUGCCUGCAGGGUUAAUAUUGACCUGGACACACAACACACAGGGGAUUUUAGGGUGGAGGAAUAUAGAGGGAGGUUUGAUCGCUAAGGAGGUAUCACACCAUUGGCACCGAGCCACCACUGAGCCUUUAGGCUUGACUGUACACAUCACCCCAAGGCUGGUGGCUGGGGUGCCCUGCUCCUGUCAGUGCCUUGUUACCUGUUAUGUAGAAUCCCAGCCUGGUUUGGGUUGGAAGGGACCUCAGAACUCACCCAGCUCCAGCCCCUGCCACGGGCAGGGACACCUUCCAUAGAGCAGCUUGCUCCAAGCCCCUGUGUCCAACCUGGCCUUGAACACUGCCAGGGAUGGGGCAGCCACAGCUUCUCUGGGCACCCUGUGCCAGCGCCUCAGCACCCUCACAGGGAAGAGCUUCUGCCUUAUCUGCAACCUGAACUUCCCCUGUUUCAGUCUGAACCCAUCACCCCUUGUCCUAUCACUCCAGUCCCUGAUGAAGAGCCCCUCUCCAGCAUCCUUGCAGCCCCCUUCAGACACUGGAACCUGCUCUGAUGCAUGCAGCUUCUCUUCUCCAGGCACAGAUUUAUCUUCUCAGCACAGAAUUCUAUAUAUAUUUAUUUGUACGUGAUGUAAAUAGGCACUAUAGAUUUAUAGACAGCUGGUCUUAAAUGAAAUUAAAGUGAACAUUGGGUAAAAUUAA